CUUCGCACUUACUGUUGUUGUUGACAAGAUGGCGGUCGUUGCUACGAAGAACUAAAUAAGUCAAAAAAUACAAGAUAAUACUAAUAUUCGUCCCUAAAACAACCAAAUUUAACGAAACAAAACAUUAUGAGCAAUAAACUAUCAAGUAAGCCGUCGAAAAGAGACCGUCCGAAGUCUACAGAUAAAUCGAAAAACAAAAAGCAGAAUGUAGGGACACCAGAGAAGGUUGGGAGCCCUGUGGCAUCCAUGGCUGUUUUACCAGAUGAAUCAAGUACUGUUAGUGUACCAGGCAAAGUGAUAAGUGGGGAUGAUAUUGAAUCAUUAGCAAUCAAUCCCGAUGAACUAAAAAAGCUGCGAGUUCCAAGAAAACCAGACAAACCGAAGCCAUCCACCAAGGUGAUAGUCAGAAAAACAAGAGUGAAAACUCCACCAGAGACAGCUCCCCAGACUGGGAAAAAAAUAACAGUUGCAAAACCAGCUCCACCUGAAGCACCACUCAUAUCCAAGCCAGUAGCAGGGUCGGCAGGUCCAGUUUUUGAUUCAGAGGGUCAAGUUCACCCUCACAGUAUUCUGGGAUCCUGGGAUGAUUUCUAUCAAGAGGCCAUCAGUAGAGGAGACAUUGAGAAUCUUCCUCCAUUCUCUGGAUCUUUUACACAUGGCAAAGAGAUAAGGCCACAGUCAAAGUCUCCAAAGAAACCCAAGACAUCCCAUCCUGCACAUGUCUACCAAACAAGGAUUGAUGAGAGUAAUGCUCUUGUCAACUGGGAAGAAAGGAUGUAUGAGAGACAGAGACAGCAAAACUAUCUAUCAGAGAGGCUGGGUACUGCUAGAGACAUGCUGGUCAUGAAUCAAAGUGAAGACUAUAGAAAGACACAAGAACAAAGGCAUGUGAUUGACAGAGCAAUUCCUUCUUUGGAUUAUGGCAAAGGAUAUCGAGUCGGCAGUGAAUUUUGGAAGCAAGUUGAACAGAUUGGAAAUGAUGAAACUGGAAUAAUGACCACCUUAAGCCAGACACAAAGAGGUUAUCCCCCUCCAAUGGAACAUAUUGGGAAAUCCAUAUCUGUCAAGAAUGAAAUGGGUAUAGAGUGGUCAGACACUCACAGAAAGUCUGCCGUCCACUACCCCUGGCAUGCUUCUAAAUAUUUGAAGGAGCGAACAGAGCAACUCAGUGAUGUCAUGAAUGAAAUUGAUCCACAUAUGCCGUACAUGGAUGACUUAGAGAUCAUAGGGUCUAGUAACCCUCCUCAUAUGUCCAAACAUACAAUGUCUACGGUGCCAGAAGAAGAUGAACCAGAACUUGAUGAACGAUCACCUGAAAUAAGAGAUCCCCUCGGCAGCUUUGCUGAUAUUAUUCCACAACCUACCAUAGGGCCAUCCCUGACCAUUAAUGGCCAAACAGCACAUUGGAGUGGAUCUAGUACAAGUGGACUUGGUCGAGUGGGUGUGACGUCUCGUGUUUCUUUUGAAGCCCAUACAAAGGAGAGAGCUGUUUCCUUGUUGAACAUCUGUAAUGAUGGAACCACUGUUAUAUAUUACUCUUGGAAGAUGAUUCCUAAAGUCAACACCCUCGGCACACGUCUUGCAGGCCGAAUACAACGCUUCUAUUUUGAUACCAACAGUGGAGUGAUUCUUCCUGGAGACACCAUGAAGUUUCCCUUCAUUUUCAAGUCCUCAAAUCCUGGGAUCUUCUCUGAGAGCUGGGAGCUAUUAACCCAGCCUGUCUUGUGUGGAGGGGCAGCUAUUAGGAUUGAUCUUAGAGGAAUUGCUGUUAAGGAUGAUAUUUAUGCAGAGACUCGUAAAGAAAUUGAAGAAGACCUUGYGCACAGAGAAGCAGUUGAAGCAGCAUCAAGAAUUUUACAAGAGAUACUGGAUGGGAUUAGAACGCCUGAGAGAGCACACUCCCCUAUUGAUGCCUACAUCACGGAGGAAGAAGUAUUUUCAAGAAUGAACGAAGGGAUGCAUUUUCAUGAUGAGGUUGUUCGUGAGCUGAAGACACUUUACUCUGAACUGGAGCCUGAGACAGAGUGGGACCUUUCUCUCAAGGGGCUUCAACAGCGCAUAAUGGCUGUAGAGGAUGAGGAACAACGAGAUGGGCUGUUACAGAAGCUCAAUCUCUCCAUCGUAACUCUAUCUUUUCCUCCAAUGACGCCAAUCAAGCAAGCCAUGUACAGCGCAACGUAUCAGUUAUUGUGUGAGAUGGUUGAUAAUAUGGUUGGACAGUCGGUCAUGAUAAGAUCAGUGUUAGGAUUACCUGAGAAAGAGAUGUUAGAAGAUACAUCACAAGAUGAGGUGGACAAGAGAGGUCGUAAAGUCACUGACCAUCUGAAGCCAGACAGCAAGAAAUCAGACAGAAAAGACAAGAAAGGAGGCAAGGCUGAUCAUGAGCGACCAACUUCUACAAGAUCCAAACUUUCUGCUAAAAAGGGUGGAAGAAGUGCUGUUACUACAACAACUCCUACAUCACAGUCCUCUAAACCAACCCUGAGUGAGUCUGCAGACAGGCCAGUGACUCCAGCAAGUGGAGAAGAAACAGAAAAAGUUGAUCCAGUCAUUGAAGCCAAAUACAAAGAAAAGUUUUACACUCAGGCUCAUUCUUUGGUCCAUGAAACAUUCAGUAAACUGGACGUAUUGUUGGGGGACAUCCGGGAACACAGCACAAAACAGGAGUGAAAAUGGAAGAAAACCAAUUGUAAAAGAAUUUAAUUAUUCUUGGAUAACAUGUUCCAUGUUUGAAUAAUAUUAUUCAAGCAUCAAUUAUUGAUCAUGUAAAAGGUUUACAAAUACCUGUUUAUGUGGUAGAAAAUACAAAAAAAAAAGAAAAAAAAAAAGAAAGAAAAAAAAAGAAAAAAAAA